UCACCAUAUUCAACAAAUACGCUUUACGCCUGUAAACCGUUUUAUAUCCCUCAUUCAGACACCGAACAGUAUAUACAACUCGCCCAUGUGGGGUGCAACACAGCCAUCGCCUAUCCGGUUGCUUCGAGCUCCGGGUCGAGCUCUCUUCAGCUCCUUCACUAGAGGCCACGCCAGCCCUCGAGGCCCUAGGAAUAGCAUACGGAGACCGGAUCCUAUUCCAAAUACCAGACGAGAAGGCGCACAAUCGCCACAUCCCGAGUCGUCGGCUGGCGAAACAAGUAAUCCUGCCGCGAAAUACGACCCUUCUCAGAAUACCCUCCUCUCCCCAGUUCAUAUACCAGAGGAUCCUAAUGCCGUGCUCAAGGAGAACCACCCUGCGACAGGGCUACUGGCAAAUUCGGGUUUGGUUGUGCAGAGACAAAUUGAGUUGAUGAAUGUGAUGAUUGGAUUUGAACAAGCAAAUAAAUAUGUUAUCAUGGAUGCAAAUGGGAAUCAUGUGGGAUACAUGGCAGAGCAAGAGAAAGGCUUGGGCAGUACGAUGGCCCGGCAAUGGUUCCGAACGCAUCGCUCUUUCGUGACGCAUGUUUUUGACAGGCAUGAGAAUGAAGUACUCAGGUUCCACCGCCCGUUUUCCUACAUCAGUUCCCGUAUUCGAGUCUAUGAUCCUCUUAAUAUCGCCAAAAACACCCAUUCGUCUUCGACUGCUCUCCAAACAAUCUCGCCAGAUUCACUGGUUCAAGCAAGCGGGGAGUCAAAUGCCAGAGUCUCACCCCUCGGCAUUGAAGACAUGCGCGUGGUGGGGGAGGCACAACAACAAUGGGCACCAUUACGACGAAAAUACAACCUCUUCUCUUACCAUCCCUCCCCGGACACAUCGACUAACAUGGGAACCGAGAGAUUGCCACUUGCUGACUCCGGACUGUCUAAGGCGCAACAAAUGCAAUUGGUCCGCAGUGGAGAAUCCGGUCAGGAACAAGGAGAGUUCAACCAAUUUGCCUACGUGGAUGAGCCUUUCCUGUCAUGGGACUUUGCGCUCCGCUCGGCAGACAACAAACUGAUUGGAUCGGUUAACCGUGAUUUUGCUGGUUUCGCUCGCGAGUUUUUCACUGACACUGGCGUCUACGCUUUGCGCAUGGACUCCGCUUCACUCAGUCAGGCAGAGCCAGCCGCCACACAGUCUGACGUCGCCACAGGCAUGAGCCUCGACCAGCGUGCGGUUAUGCUGGCUACGGCUGUGAAUGUAGACUUUGACUACUUCAGUCGGCAUAGCGGUAGUGGAGGUUUUGGCUUCAUGCCCCUCUGGGUCCCCGGUAUGGGUGGCGAGACUGCCGCGGGAAGUGCUGCCGGUGGUGUCGCUGCAGGAGAAGCUGGUGCAGUGGGAGAGGGAGCCACGGGAGCCACGGGAGCUGUUGGUAGAGCUGGUGCUGCUGGUGGGAUGGCUGAAGGUGCCGGUGCCGGUGCUGCGGGUGCUGCGGGUGCCGGCGCAAUGACCGGGUAUGAAGCCAUGCAACGAGGCAUGGGUGACCCAUAUAUGCAGGACGCAUCUUCCGAUCAACAACAACCGCCAUCUUCCAUGGAUCAGUCACCGCCUCCGGGUCAACCUGGUCCGUAUGGAGAUCACUGGGCUGAAGAGCAACAUGAAGAUGUUUGGGACGAAGACCCGUGGAAUGAUGAUGGAGGUGACAGCGGCGGGGAUGACUGGUUCUAAGGCGUCGCCUCUGUC